CCGAAAUGAGCAAGUUUUUGAUUUAUUCAUUCUUGCUCUGCGUUGGACUUUUCGGCAUUUCCAGCGAUAACGACAUCGAUUCCGCUGCAAAUACUCUACAAUUCGUAAAUGAAUCUCAGGCAAAAUUAAAACUAACAAAUAAUUCGAACAUAAUAUUGGUGAUUGGAAAUACCGGUAGUGGAAAAUCCACUCUGGUUCAUUAUGUGACCGGUGAUUACAGCAAAAUGAUUUCGAAAGAACCAGAAAAUCCCAAUUUUAUCGAUUUUGAAAUUGAAGACGGAUUAGAUUUGGAAAGUGGCACCAUUCGAUCGUCAACUGUAUCGCAAACAUUUAUACCGGAGAUGAGCGUAGAUGAAAAGCAAAAUGUGUGGUACGACUGCCCUGGUUUCCAUAGCACACGCAACGAAACGAUAGAAAUUGCGACAACAUUUUUGAUUCGAAGUGUUAUUGAGAGUGCAUCAAGUGUAAAACUAGUGCUAGUCGUUGAUUAUGACUCAGUUACCAGAGGUCAUAGUCGUAGUGAUUUUGAUGAAUUAUUAUCGCAUGCAACUCAAUUACUCAAAACUGUUAAACCGUUUGAGAAUAGCGUUUCGGUGGUGGUGACUAAGGUUCCGUCACUUAAAAUGCGAGGAAGGCGUUAUGUUGAAAUUUUUGAAGAUAGUGUAAAGAAUACGUCAGCCCAAUUCAUGAGCGAACAUCGCACAGUUUUACUCGAAAAAGGAAUGAACGAGAAAAAAGUUCUUUUGAUCGAUGCUUUGUUGAAGAGGCCAAACGAAGAUUAUCCGAAAAUAUCAAUAUUUUGGCGUCCAGACAAUACAGGGCCAUUGAGUAAAAUUCCAAAACUUAUCUCCGGUCGUCAUUCCAUACUGAAAUCGGUACAUGACCACAUAUCGUAUACGCAUAUUCAACCGGAUGAUUUUGGCGCUCCAUUAUCAGCGGAUGCUCGGCUAAGUGUUAAAAGUAUGAUUGAACAACUGAUUGAUAAUACUCCCACGACAGUACAGCAUCUCAUCAAUCAGUUGCAAAAGAAGUUGCGUGAAAGGAUUAGUUCAAAGGCCAAUUUUAGAAAAAAAUUUCAAUGUAUUGCAUUGGAAGGUAUGCGAUUGCGAUCACAAUAUCUUAGACGGAAUAAUGAUGUUUUACUGAAAAAUCUCACUGAUCAUUUGCAUGGGCUUAUUGAAGGGUUCGAUCUACGUACGGAUGAUGUUGAGGAAUUCACUCGAAUUGAGCAAAAUGGAAAAAAUUUAAAUAUUUUUGAAUCACUACUGGAAAAUGCAAACAUCAAUAGUUUAAACGUGUCAGAAGCAAUCCAUUCACCGAGAAUUGAUUAUAAAUCAUAUUUGGAUCAAUUCAAUAAUUUUUUUGAAAAACGCGAGGACGAAGUACAAAGCGAUCUAAUUAGUGAAGCGCGAAGAACGAUUCAGAAAAUUUCAACUGCUCUAUCCGAAACGGACGCACGCUUAUUGGCAGAAAUUCGAGAAAAACUCAAUCGAACGGUCUUCUAUAGUAAGCUUAAUAUACUACAACGAGGAAGAGACGUCAUUGAAUCGAUUGCUAAUGAAACCACACUGGAGCAACGAAUGCAGCAAUUUUCCUCUUUAAUUCACACCUUCAAGAUGACAUCAAUAGAUGAAAUUGAGCUCAAUCGUACUGAACAGUUGGAAUCACAUCUAAACGACUUAAUUUCAAUUUCGAAAACCGAACUCAUUGUGCCAACUGAUAGUUGGAUUGCAAAUUCAUCGAAUACAAUCACCUUUCUGUAUUUGGAAUAUAAUUGGUAUUCAUUUCUGUCACAAUUUUAUGAAUUCCUAGCGAGUUACGAAAUACAGACAAAUUUGAGCGCAUACAAUGUGGUCGAAUUAUCGGAUUGUAAUAAAUUGAGAAACCCUAAAGUUCUUUCAUCAUCGGAAAUUUUCAACGAAUUUACACGUCGACUUAUGAGUAGGUUUGAGUUUGAAUCAACACCAUCACGAUUGAAUGAGAUCAAUGAAAUCAUAAAGACAACGAUAAAAUCACCGCCAAAAUACCACUGCACCGAUGAGAUGAUAACGAUCAAAGCUAACUUUGUGAGGAGUUCGGAUCUUCGAUUUUCAAAAUGUCAAUCGAUCAAGACUCUGAAGACAAUAAAUGUGUUUGUCGUCGAUCGAUUUUAUGUUGACAGUGAUUUAUAUUUGAAUGGAUUUGAAAACGUAAAAUUCUAUAUUUUGGCAAACAUAUGGACCAUCGUAAAGUCUUCUACAUUUUAUUUGAAUGGAUUUGAUGGAUCGUCUCAGACAAUACCAUCGCGAACGAAUGGAACGGCAGGUAAACCAGGCAAUCCGGGAAUGAACUCGGGUAAUUUUUUCGGUGUGGCGAAUGAAGUGUUCAAUGGUGAAUCAUUGACGGUGGAGCUAAUUGGUGGUAACGGUGGAAAUGGUCAAGAUGGCACCGGCAAUCAAGACGUUGAAGUUGUGUACAAAGAACAACCGUCUGAUGACCCCAAAUACCGAAUGUUUUACAAACGUUAUCCAUUAGAUAGUUGGAUUGAAUUUAUUAGGUUCGAAAGUGGACCAUACAAUAGAGAGUUUGACGAAUGGAAUGCACCAUAUUUGAAUUCAAAACUAACACAUCUUCUUGAGAAAGAGGUUAAAUUGACACAGGCAAUAUUUUCUGGACACUGCUGUGGUGUGACUGGUACUGGAGGUGCUGGUGGCCGUGGUGGUGAGUCUGGCUACUAUGAAUUCAUUCAAACUGGGAAAAACAGAAGUAAUCUUCCGAACAAGAUACAACGGAAUGGAAUGAAUGGGAGAAAUGGACGAAAUGGCAGAGUGUGUAAAACUACGGGACUUAUAACUCAUAUGACCGGGACAUACAAGGGAUUUAACGAAAAAGGACGGAUUUUAAUCAACAAUAUAAAGACAUCCUAUGAAACUAUCAAUGAUCCUCACUGUCCUGAUGAAUAUGCAAGCAACAUGGAAAUAGCCACCAACCCACCUAUCGAUUUAUAUUUGGCAAACACAAUAAUCGAAUACAAACGAUUUCUACGUGAAAAUAUGGAAAAUCCAGUGCUUUGUAAAAUUAUACAAAAGACUUACGAUGCAAUAUAGUCAUAGUCAUAUUGAAAGAAAGAAAUCUUUUGAUUUCAUUUUAUUUUAAUUGAAAGAAUAGUGUCCACUUAAAAAUGUCAUAUUUGUUAGAAUGCAAUUUUGAAAAUUUGGAUGGAAUAAAAGCUAAGCACACACACACGAAAACAAGUACUCAAAAUCGAGUACAAGCGAUUGUUUUUCUUUUCGAAUUCACACCCAUGGAUUUCUUGUUUGUUUUUCCCUAUUCGCAAAAAAUUGUGUGUGUGAAUUCAAAAUUAAAAUCGCUUGUACUCAAGUUUAGGUACUUAUUUCGGAUGUAUACCCAAA